AUGGCGUGUGCCCCAGGACCAGACCCACUGGGGGGCAGCAGCGGGGACCAGAGGCCCAAGUGGGACAGCAAGCUACAGUACCUGCUCAGCUGCGUGGGCUUUGCCGUGGGCCUGGGCAACCUCUGGAGAUUUCCCUACCUGUGCCAGAGCCAUGGCGGAGGGGCCUUCCUCAUCCCCUACUUCAUUGCCCUGUUCUUGGAGGGGAUCCCACUAUUCCACAUUGAGCUGGCCAUCGGGCAGCGUCUGCGCAGAGGCAGUGUUGGGGUCUGGAUGGCCAUCUCGCCCUACCUGGGCGGAGUCGGGCUGGGCUGCCUCUCCGUGUCCUUCCUGAUCAGCCUCUACUACAACAUGGUGCUGACCUGGGUGCUGUGGUACCUGCUCAACUCCUUCCAGCAGCCGCUGCCCUGGGGCACCUGCCCGCUGGACCUCAAUCGCACAGGGUUCGUGGAGGAGUGCCGGGCCACGAGCACCGUGAGCUACUUCUGGUACCGGCAGACGCUGAACGUCACAGCUGCCAUUGAGCACAGCGGCUCCGUGCAGUGGCGGCUGCUGGCCUGCUUGGCCGCCUGCUGGGCGGUCGUGUACCUCUGUGUCAUCAGAGGCAUCGAGUCCACGGGGAAGGCGAUUUAUUUCACAGCCUCGUUCCCUUACCUGGUCCUGACGAUCUUCCUCAUCAGAGGACUCACCCUGCCCGGGGCGGUCGAAGGGCUAAUCUACCUGUUCACCCCCAACGUGCACACCCUCCAGAACCCCCGCGUGUGGCUGGAUGCAGCCACCCAGAUAUUCUUCUCUCUGUCCUUGGCAAUAGGAGGACACAUCGCAUUUGCAAGUUACAACCUGCCCAGGAACGACUGUGAGAAGGACGCACUGACCGUUGCCCUGCUCAACAGCGCGACCUCCCUCUACGCCUCCAUCGCUGUCUUCUCUGUCCUGGGGUUUAAGGCGGCCACAGACCACGGGCGCUGCCUGGAAGGAAAUAUCCUCAACCUCAUCAAUGAGUUUGAUUUCCCGGAGCACAGCAUCUCCCGGGACGACUAUGCCACCGUCCUCACACACCUGAAUUCCACCCAGCCCGAGAGGGUGGCCGGGCUGCACCUGGAGGCCUGCCACCUGCAAGACUUUCUGGACAAGAGCGCCUCAGGCACAGGCCUGGCCUUCAUCGUCUUCACGGAGGCCAUCCUGCACAUGCCGGGUUCGCCCGUGUGGGCCGUGCUCUUCUUCUCCAUGCUGUUCACCUUGGGGCUGUCAUCCAUGUUUGGGAACAUGGAAGGCAUCAUCACGCCGCUCCUGGAUGUGGGGGUACUGCCCAGAUGGGUCCCCAAGGAGGUCCUAACUGGGGCGGCCUGCCUGGCCUGCUUCCUCUCGGCCACCUGCUUCACGCUGCAGUCCGGGAGCUACUGGCUCGAGGUCUUCGACAGCCACGCCGCCUCCCUGAACCUCAUCCUUUUCGCCUUCUUCGAGGUGGUCGGCGUCGCCUACGUGUACGGGCUGGACCGGUUCUGUGAUGACAUAGAAUGGAUGACCGGGAGGCGGCCUGGCCUCUACUGGCGGGUGACCUGGAAGGUCAUCAGUCCCCUGCUCCUGCUGACCAUUUUUGUGGCCUACUUCGCCCUCCUGACCCAGACGCCGCUGAGCUACAGAGCCUGGAACCCCCAAUACGAGCAGUUCCCCUUGAAGCAGGAGAAGUCCUACCCGGGCUGGGUGUGGGCCGUCUGCGUGCUGCUGUCCUUGCUUCCUGCACUGUGGGUCCCAGGGGUCGCGCUGGCCCAGUUGCUCGCCCAGCGCCGACGGAAGCAGGAGGAUACGCAGCGGGACACACGCCUGGAGCUGCAGGACAGUGGGGUGUGCUGAGGGCGGGGGUG